AUGUCUGGUGUAGGUCCAGGGUGCCGCAGAACAGUCUGGAGGAGCACUCAGGCUUGGAGGGAAGGCCAGGAAAGUCGGCAGAACGCGUCGAAGAGAAGAAACUGGCAAGACGAAAGAGCGAAGAAUACCAAGGGGGUCUCCUUUGAGGACUCAUGUCGCUGCAGUUUCGAGGAUUGGUGGCGACGAAAAGGACUCUGUCGGAGACCUCGAGCUCUCUGGCUCGAGGACAGAGGCAGAACAGAGAGACUGGAACUUCGCAGAACUCUGAGAGAAGAGCGAGAACUCUGCGAGAAGAGCGAGAACUCUGCGAGAAGAGCGAGAACUCUGCGAGAAGAGCGAGAACUCUGCGAGAAGAGCGAGAACUCUGCGAGAAGAGCGAGAACUCUGCGAGAAGAGCGAGAACUCUGCGAGAAGAGCGAGAACUCUGCGAGAAGAGCGAGAACUCUGCGAGAAGAGCGAGAACUCUGCGAGAAGAGCGAGAACUCUGCGAGAAGAGCGAGAACUCUGCGAGAAGAGCGAGAACUCUGCGAGAAGAGCGAGAACUCUGCGAGAAGAGCGAGAACUCUGCGAGAAGAGCGAGAACUCUGCGAGAAGAGCGAGAACUCUGCGAGAAGAGCGAGAACUCUGCGAGAAGAGCGAGAACUCUGCGAGAAGAGCGAGAACUCUGCGAGAAGAGCGAGAACUCUGCGAGAAGAGCGAGAACUCUGCGAGAAGAGCGAGAACUCUGCGAGAAGAGCGAGAACUCUGCGAGAAGAGCGAGAACUCUGCGAGAAGAGCGAGAACUCUGCGAGAAGAGCGAGAACUCUGCGAGAAGAGCGAGAACUCUGCGAGAAGAGCGAGAACUCUGCGAGAAGAGCGAGAACUCUGCGAGAAGAGCGAGAACUCUGCGAGAAGAGCGAGAACUCUGCGAGAAGAGCGAGAACUCUGCGAGAAGAGCGAGAACUCUGCGAGAAGAGCGAGAACUCUGCGAGAAGAGCGAGAACUCUGGAUUCCAAAGCGACUGGUCUUCCAGGCGUGAACUGUACACACUCUCUGCUGCCUGUCUCCCUGUCUCCCUGUCUCCCUGUCUCGUAG